AUGGGAGCGACCUCGCCGAGGAUGCCUUCUACCGUUGGCUGCAUCACACCCUCGCCGAGGACGCCCGAGCGGACCCUGGGAACGACGACGACGAUGCCCCCCCUUCUCGCGAGCGGGAGGACCACGGGGGACGGGAAGGGCCCCGCUCCAGGCCCGGCACGGGCUCCCCCUCCCCUUCCCCCUCCACCUCCACCGCCCCCCCUCCGCGGAAAGGGUUCAAACCCGACCGCGCCCCACUUUUUUCCAGCCCCCCCCCCCCUCUCCUUGUGA